AAUUCAGAGGUUUCGAUUUGAUUGUGAUGUAGUACCAGGACUGACCUGCAAGAGGGAGCAAUGGGCUUCAGACUAAUGAAAAAGAACGAGAUGAAGAACUAGCGGUUAGCUUAUGCCAAUCACUCCAGCCAGCCAUCCACCGCUACUCGACGCUUCACUCAGUGGGGUCGAUCCAGGAGGAUGUUGCGCACUUUCCGAGGUGGGCUUAGCGUAGGGCCACCGAAAUGAAGCAACCCUUGUGUGCGAUGAAGAGGAGCCAUGUUCAGUUCCAGUGAGAAGACGUCACUAGCGGCUUCAGAUGAGCACUUUAAAUCGUCAGUCACACUGGAGCUGCAUGGAGGCGGCAGCCUGCAAGAUUUACCGUGGAUAACAGCAUGUCUGUGAGCCUUGGAGUCUCCUUUCUCCCAAAGCAUCAACUUCUCUGUGGCGACAUAUUUCAACCCGUGCCGUUGAUAGGGAAGGAGGGUGCACAGCCAUACUACAAUGUAUGUCCCAUCCUUUUGACGACCUGCUUCCUGUGAGUGCACACCCAGCCAUGGCUGAUGACAGCAGCGUGGCCCGGCAGCUGGAGAGUGUGGAGAGGAGCGUGGUGUUCCUCAGGCAGGAGCACCUGACUUUGCUCCAUGGGCUCCACCUGGAGAUUCUCUCCUUGCAGAGACGAUGCUCAGAGUUGACAAAUGAGCUGAAGGUGAAGCCUCCGGGUAGAAGCCAAAUAGAAAUACAGGAGGAAGAGGAGCUCCUGGAGGCCCGCUGCAGGGAUGUAGAGGACCGUCUGGCCGAGCAGGACUGCACCAUAGGAGAGAUACGCAAGGAGCUGAGUCACAAAGGCGCUCUGGUGGGAGCCCUUCGAGCCAAUCUGAAGGAAAAAGAGCGCCACUUCCUGGACGAGCUGAAACGGCGCAGCCACUGCUCCACCGUCCUGAACACAGAGCUGCAGAAACAAACCGAGGCGGCCGCGUACCUCUCGUUCCAGCUGCACGCCGCCAAGCAGAAGCUGCAGCAUCAGCGGCUGCAGCAGAGACAGGCGUUCCUGUGCAGAGCCUCCAGUCAAGGUCCCCAGUACGUUGCCGAGCACAUCCCCCCGCAGUUGCCCUCAGGAGCCUCACCUGCCUCUCCUGUAGUUAAACCCAAGCGUAAGAGCACGAGAGCCUCCUCCAGGGAGGAGCGCGCCCGUGAAUGUGUGCCCAUAGAGAAAGUGACAGGCCCCGCAGAGCCCGCCGCCAUGCCGGACCCCGCUCUCUUCCUUCACCCCUGGAGGCUCAGAGUGCGUUCCAGGCAAUCUCUGACACAGAGACAACCUCCAAUCCGUGUGGAACAAGGGGAUGAAGAGGAAUCUGGUGACCAAAGUGCAGUGAAGCCACAGGAACUUGCAGCCAGACUGGUAUCUUCAGCUGCAGCGCCCCCUGCUGCUGAGACAAAGGCAGAGUAGCAAAAACCUUACUUUUAGCUUCCGUCUACACUGUUAUUAUUGCUCUUCUGCACCUUGACUGAAUUGACUGAUUUUAGCUACGUAAUUACACCUUUUUAAAAAUACCAUAAACUACAAACCGACAAAACUCAGAACCUGUCACUUUAAAUGAGUCAGUGUUUGAAUCAACGAGAAGGAUGUGUUUACACGGCCGUCGUUCUUACACUGCGGGGGCCUUAUUCGAAAGCAAUCUCUUUUUCCAUUAAUUUUGGAAAGCUCUUUUCGCCAGGCCCUGACCAAUUGUGACCUUUCAAGGUGAACCGUAAUCAGCAGCUCCAGCGCCUGCACUGUGUUAGCAUGACCUCUGACGAGAGUCGUGGCUGAAAAUAUCUGCUGAGAUGUGUGCGUCCAACGGCAGAUCAGAAAUGUUAAAGCCAUGACCACUGCAUCCAUAUUACGUCAUACCAAAACAUGAUUUAGAUGUCCAGGAGACGUCUUUACUAAAAAUCUUCUUUAACCAGUCCACUCUAAUGAUUCAACUCAUUAAAUGUUUGGAUUUUUAACACACGCCACACUUAUAUGCAAUAUUAUACACAUUUUGUAGAAUACGCACUGUAAAAUGUCAAACAUAUCCCAUUAAAAGCCUCACACAUCCUCAAACAAACACUUCUUACAACGCAUUUUAAGACAAGUUUGCAUAUUUUGAAUAGAAAUGCCAAGUUUUCCGCAGCAGUAGUUAGCAUGUGUCUACAUAAUGUGUGUGUUUGAUACAUCAAUUGCUUUGUAUAAACAGCUGCUCAGUGGUUAUUCAGGUGUGACUCAGUGUCCUAAACACAAACGCAACUACAGCAACUUUGCUUGGGGGGGUGGGAGGACGUCCUUUUUAUUUCCGUCUCAGGAACAAUGGAGAUCUGCUAGUUGCUUUCACUUAAGAAGCUGAACGGUUGCAUUGUCAUUGUUUUCGUUUGUUAUUUUUUUAAUGUAUUUAUUAUUUAAGUAAUCAUAUAUUUACAGUAUUUUUUGUUAUCUUUUAUUCUUUAUUUAAUUUAGGUACAGUAUAAUUUAAUAUUGUUUUAUACAUCCAGAGCUCCAUUGUAAAGUUAGCAUUGUAAAAGAACAAAAGAUGUCAUCGCGAAUUUGGUUUCCGAUGUUGUGAUGCUCAUCCAAACUGCAUCACAUCUCCUCUUGAGAGGACAGUAGCGUCAUGUGUUGUCUUCAGUGAAGCAAUAUAUUUAUAUCUGUGUACUGACGGCUAUUCCAAAACAUUUUAAGUGUUAAAAUGUAUUUAUAUUUCAUUGCUGUCUAUUUUGCUUGAGCUGUUAAAUAGGCGCAGUUCGCUGACGGCUUAACAUGGAGGGAAUGAUGACAUGCUGCAGAAGUGGUAGCAUUAAACAUGUUAUGCAACACGUGACUGCCCGCUAAAACCAUUUUCUUAUUGUAUUCUUUGAGCAAACAAAAAGGGACUGUGCACUAUUCUUUGAAGGAUAAAAUCACUGCUUUGUCUUUCCUUAUACACUUUUGACAGCAGGAGUUGUGAAUUAAGACUGUUACAAUCGCUAGGCGCCAUCCAAAAAUGAAACGUCAGGUAGAUUAAAGCUGUUGUCGCACUAAAUGUCCCGCGUUCAGGAUUUAUACUGUAUUAUACUGUAUUCAGCUCUCAGCUCUUGUUUUGUCUGUGCUCACAGUAUGGAUGCAACAAGCCAAAGAGAGCCUCUUUUAAAGUGAUGACAGACUUUCACAAUUCUUUUUUUUUUAUAGCUUUGAGACUAUAAUCCUCAAUUUACUACUUUUAAAAAGUAUAUGGCAAUACAUCCCCACGCCAUCAUUAUUCCCUCCCCCAGCCUGAGAAAAUGUCUUCCAUCGUUAUAAGAACCCUGAAGCAUCAUCUACGUCUUCUUGAAGUAAAUAACUGUUGUCAACACCAUAAAGCAUCUCACAUUUGAAGUCAUUUGAUGUGUGGUCUCCACCAUGAACCACAUAUGAGAGGAUUUUCCUGUAUGUAGGCCUACUUGGGUGAGUAGAGGAUAUUGAUUGAUAGCUGCAUCAUCUGUGUGAGCUUCCCAUAGUGUUGCACUGUAAACAUGAUUGGAAUAAAAACCAAUACCUUUC